AUGACAGCCCCGGAAUAUCUCGAGCGAUAUAAACAGCUGGCAUCUAUAGAACAAGAUAAGAAUAUCCUAAUCGAGGAACUUUUGCAGCGUGUGACAGAGCUGGAGGCUGCCUUCCAGCAAGAGAAACUCGAUCAUGAACGUGAAACGCGGUUUAAUCGUGAUAUCCAGCUUCAUGAAAUGGAAUUAAUGCAGCAUAUCGCGAGGAUCAAGGCCAUUAUGGACCGCGAGCCCUUUAUAGUCGUGCUACUAGAUGGAACUGGCAUCAUCUUCAAGGACGAGUUCCUACAAAGGGGAGAAGAAGGUGGCAAAGUUGCAGCCAAUAAGCUUGCUGUCGCCCUGAAAGACUAUGUUGCCAGCAAUUUCCCGGGCCUUGAUAAUCCAAAAAUAAUCACCAGGAUGUACGUUAACUUGAAAGGUCUGAGUGAGAUGUGUGUCCGAGGCGUCAUUAGCACCGACCCAUCAUCGAUCGAGGGCUUUGCUAAGGGCUUCAACAACGGCCAUCCACUGUUUGACCUUGUGGAUACUGGACUAGACAACGCACAUGACAAGAUCGCAGAGGCCUUCAAAGUCAACCUAUAUAACUGCCACUGUCAUCAAAUCUUCUUAGGAUGCGCCGACACCAACGCAUAUGCCCAGAUCUUGGUGGACAUAAUGGAAGACAUUGACCUAGUAGGAAGAGUAACCUUGAUCGAGGGCAUCACCUUUGAAAAAGAUCUGGCCAAGAUCAAGGCCGCAUACAGAGUCUCUCAGUUCCCAGAAAUCCUUCGAAAUACAAAAAUAACACCUGUCUGGGCCCCGUGGAAAGCCGCAGUAGCGUCCAAACCUCCUCCAGCUCUUACUCCAUCGCCGAAACCAGGCGCAGUGCCACUGUCACGAACCUCGACCAGCACGUCAACGAACGCUAGUACGUCGAUGUCUUCCACUUCUGCCAGGCCAUCAACUCCUGGGGAAUUCCAAGUGGUGCAGUCGAAAUCAGUCACGCCCGCACGACCCAAAAUCGUUGAACGAAACAAGUACGGUCAACGUGUAGACCGGGUUGACUUUAAAAGCAUCCCGCGAGAAGAGAUGAAUCGCUUGAAGAAACUAAAAUUAUGCAACCUUCAUUACCUCCUAGGAGAAUGCACAAUUGACAACUGUCAGCAUGACCACUCGAGCAGGUUGACCAAAAGUGAACUUUCAGUUUUGACCGCCAUCGCCCGCAUGACACCCUGCCGAUAUGGACUAGAUUGCGAUGACCCGGAAUGUACAUAUGGGCAUCGGUGCCCUCACGCAGAGCCCGGGAAAAAAGAUUGUUACUGGGGUUCGAAUUGUCGAUUUGAUCCUGCCGCGCACGGCAUCGACACCAAUAUCGUUAAGUUAACCAAGGUCUAA